AUGGCUGAUUUACAUAUUGCUGGUAAUUUUCAUCAAGGCAGUGAACAUUUUAGUGUUCAAUCUAGAGAACUUGCAAAAUCUUUGCCAAGAUAUCCCAAGCAUUUGGCAGUAAUUAUUGUCAAAGUUAAAGGCAAGGACAACACAUUUCAAGAUGUCAGAGUAAGAAAACAAAAAGUCUACAGUGCUUUAGUUUGGCUAGUGAAUAAUAAUCCACAUUAUUCUGAAAUACUAAUUAAUGAUCACGCAUUGCAUUCACUGCCUGAAAAUGGUGUACCACCAGAACUUAUGACUGUUGAGACUAAUGAUGAUAUUGUCUCAGACAAUGACAGUUUUCCAGAUAUGGGUCCCCCAACUGAUAAUCCUUCUGAGGAUAUUAUUUACAAUGAGUCAACAGAGAUGAGUAGUUUUUUACCUGUUGGUGAACAACAACAACAGGAAAUUGAAGCUGUUAGAAAUAAGCUCUGUGGAAAUGAGCCAAUGUCCUGGCCUACAGUUGAUAAUGAACCAAUAAAUGAGUAUCAAGUGCCUUAUUUAGCAACAAUGGCUUUCCCAACAUUAUUUCCUGAUGGAAAAGGUGAUUGUACCAAUCAAGAACUCCUGAGAGAUGUUCCUCUUCUGGAAAAAAUAAAACAUCUUCUAAAGUUUGCUGAAAUUAUUGAUGGUAAAUGGGUAUACCGUUUUGCAAAUCACCCUAGGUUUCCUUAUUGGGCCUUCAAUAUGAUUCAAAGAAAACGAAUUUUGCAGCAAAGUGGGAUAUUCCUGAAACAAAAUCCAGGUGAAGCACAUCUCACUAUAGAUGAACUGCGUGAAAUGGCUGCCAGUAACAGUGCUAAUGUUUUUAUGUCUAAAGUUUCCAGAUAUGUUGGAAAUAUUGCAGGUACAAAUGCUUACUGGAAUAAAGUGCAAGAGGAACUUAAAGCUAUAAUAACAAAUGUUGGACCACCAACAUUAUUUUUUACUUUUUCCUCAGCAGAUAUGCAUUGGCCUGAGUUGCAUGCAUUAUUUAAUGCUGAUAGAGACUGUGAAAAUUCUAAUAUUUCCAGUGAAUCAAGGCGACAAAAUGUCAUUAACAAUCCUCAUCUUGUGGACUGGUUUUUCACACAGAGACUAGAAAGCUUUGUUAAACACUGGCUUUAUGAAACACUUGGUGCAAAGUGGCACUUGUUCAGAUAUGAGUAUCAAGGUAGAGGUAGUAUCCAUUGUCAUGGUACUGCUAAAUUAAAUAAUGACCCAGAUUUGUGUCAAUUAACUCAGACUGCUUUGAAAGGUUUCUUAGCACAAAAAUUUAGAGAAGAAAAUGAUUGCUUUGACACAACAGAACUAGACCAGGAUAUUGAGGCUGGUCAGAAAGCUGCUGAGACAGUAUGCCGGUAUGUUGAUUGGUUGUUAUCAACUGUAAAGCCAAAUCCACCAGAUGAGGACAUGUGGAUAAGACCUGAGGUUCAUCCAUGUCAACGACGUCAUAAAGACAUCUCUGAACAUGAAAAACAGUCAGAUUAUGUAGAUCUUUUAAACAUGGUUCAAAGACACACUCGUUGCAGUACAAGUUAUUGUCUGAGAAAAAAGUCAAAUGAAACAGAUUUAAAAUGUCGAUUUCAUUUUCCCUUUGAGCAUUGUCCAAAGACAAAGCUAGAAUUUGAAAAAAUUCACACUAAAGAUAAUGAUGAUCAUUACAGAGCUAAAGUUGUUACUGAACGAAAUGAUGGCAGGUUAAAUAAUCAACAACUGCAACUCCAAGGAUGGAGAGCCAAUUGCGAUAUUCAAGUUGUCAUCGAUCACUAUGCUUGUGUUGAGUAUCUGACAAAAUAUGCUGCUAAGGGUGAAAUAAGAUCGCUUUUAUUAAACCAAGCAUUCAAUUCUGUUGUUCAAAAUAUAGAUGUUAAUAGCGAGUCUCAUCGAGCUAUUAAAAAAAUAGUUAUGAAGUCUCCCGGUGAAAGGGAUUAUGCAGCCCAGGAGACAAUGCAUCAUUUAUUGUCACUAAAACUUCAUAGCUCAUCAUUUAAUGUUAUCCCAAUAAGUUUAAAUGGUUCACGCAGAGUACGUGAAAAUGUUGAAGAAGAUGAAUCAUGUACUGAUCAUUCACUUCUUGACGUAUAUGCUAAUCGUCAUGAGUAUAAUAAUUCACGAGACGUUGUGAACAUGAAAUUCGUCCAGUUUGCUACGACGUAA